ACUCCAGCCGCACCUCCUCCGGCUCUGCAGUGGCGGCAAGAAAGCUAGCCGGAGCGCCUGCGGGGUCCUGCCUGAGCGGAGCCGGGGUCGGGGCAGCCGCGAGGACCCCUUUGGAGGCGGGGCCUGUGGGACCGCGAUGGGCGUGGAGAUCGAGACCAUCUCCCCAGGAGACGGAAGGACAUUCCCUAAGAAGGGUCAGAUAUGCGUGGUACACUACACAGGGAUGCUCCAAAAUGGCAAGAAAUUCGAUUCAUCCCGAGACAGAAACAAACCUUUCAAGUUCAGAAUUGGCAAACAGGAAGUCAUCAAAGGCUUUGAAGAAGGCGCCGCCCAGCUGGGUCCUCUUUCUCCUCUCCCCAUCUGCCCCCAUCCCUGCUAGAUGAGUUUGGGGCAGAGGGCGAAGCUGACCUGCACCCCUGAUGUGGCAUAUGGAGCUACUGGCCACCCCGGUGUCAUCCCUCCCAAUGCCACCCUCAUCUUUGACGUGGAGCUGCUCAACUUAGAGUGAAGCAGGAAGGAACUCGAGGUGGCUGGAGAUGCCUCCUGCUCUCUGUCCUAGCCUGCUCUCUCUGCCACUGGGACGGCUCCUCCUGUGUAGGGCUCUUGAUCAGUGUGCUGACCCCACCGCCUCUCCACACUAUCUGUUCUUUCUGCCCAGUGUGCUCUGUAUGUGUCAGCCAUUUAAUUGUCCCCAUACAUCUUUGCUUGAGAAAACUUUAGUCAUAGCUCUAAACGUUUCAGACUGCGCAUUCUGUGUGAUGCAUGUAGUAGCCAUUCCUGAUCAUAGGACACAGAUCUUAUUUGCACAAUCUAUAUUGCCUUACCUGCACUUAAGCCAGACAUACAAGGUGCUCAGACAUGCGCUGUACAUGGUUACAUGGAGGGACUUGAGCCAGUUACCUUUGCUGUCACUUUCUUAUCUUCUGUUGGCUGCUCACUUUAAGCACUGCCCUCUCUGGAAAUACUAUGUAAAAUAAAGGCUCUGUGCGCGGCA